AUGAUAUUCGGCAUUACGCAGGGCAACCAAUUCGUCUUUGGUACUUAUUGUGGAGUGUCCAUCUACGAAGAGAGUAUCGGCGUCUUUUACGGUCUGAACACAUUCGUCUUUGAGUGCCAACAGGAGUUGGUGGACACGGCUCUGCGAAUGAAGAGCAAUUUCGAGCGACUGCGGCUCGUAUAUAUUACAUUACGGAUCGAGGACAUGAAGUACGGCGAGUACAAGGAUUACGUCAGACAGUCGCUGCGCCAGCUCAUGCAUCUUCCUCAGCUUCGACUUGACAAGCUAAUGAUCUCCUACGAAUAUUUUGAGGAUGUACCGGCGAUGGAUUGCUACAAAUGUGAUAAGACUGGCGUGCAUGACAGAUACUACGAAGAAGUCGAAGAUUUACUAAAGCCCAUUUUGUCCAUGGCAAAGCGGGCGAAGAGUGUCGAGGUUGGCUACACGGAGACUUGUACCUCUCUGAAGCGCUUUAUCCUGAGCAGAGUCGCUCAUCGACCGACAGUCAAGAUGCUCGCGACGAGUUCAAAUUUUUCUGAAGGAUGGUUGCAGCCUGAAUCGGAGAGAACUUUGCGUUGUCGGAUAGGGAAGAAGGAGACUCAGAAGGACUUUCCCGGCGUCUCCAGGCAUAUGGAUUUCAACAGCGGCGAUAUUCGUUUGAAUGCAUUUCAAUGGGUAAGGAACAAUUUUGCUCGCACUCGCCACCAGACGACGUUCAAGAUGAAAUUACGUAGUCCGAAAAUGUCAGAGCUCCAAAGAUACAGUAGCUCUUUGACCACAUCCACAUCAAGCUCACCCAUCUGGAGGGAGGAGCAUCUGAAUGGAGACAGGCAACCGCAUAUCGCGACUUCCAUUGAUCAUUCCACAGUCCUGGCCAUCUUCAUCGUCAACCAAACAUUACCCAGCAACGGUCUAUCAAGCACCCAUUUAUCAAGAAUACAUGAAAUAACCCGCGCCAUGAGUCGAACUAUAACAUUGGACAUGCGACUCAAGACCGAGCUAGCGCAAUCCGAAUUGCGGGCAGAGAUCACAGAUCUCGUUGAGCCAUAUCGAAUGGCGUCAGACAGGCCACCCUUCUCUGCUUGUGAGCUCAUGAUCAUGGCCUGUGCCUCGCAGGACUUCUCUGGACAAUCGAUACCUUCCCUUUCUCCUUUGAACCGAAAUCCAUUUGAGGACACACACCUGGCGUUUAGCAGUUACGACCUGCCCAUUGAAUGGUCUGACGAUGGGGAUGUGUUCAAAGUCUGUCCGAAAGCAGCGAGAGUUGCCCUGCGGCAUUACUUGGAGCCUACCAGAGCAGGAAUGUUCCUUUUCAUUAAGCUCCCUCCGGAGCUCCGAAACAGAAUCUACCAGCUCUCUCUGGUCUUUGACACGGAGCUGGAUAUUGCAAGCAGCCGUCCGCUAGCGGUUAUGAGGCAGCUUGGAGAUACCCGAGAGCCCAUAUUAUUUCACGUGGCACUGCAACGGAGCACCGCGUCAAAUGACUGGGGCCGUCCGUGUUACGUGCUGCCAGAAGUAUCGACGACAGCGUUGCUACGAGUCUCCAGACAGGUUCGACGAGAAGCAUCGAAAAUAUUCUAUGGACUCAACACUUUUAAAUUCGAAAAUGCCAUGGUCAUUUCCAACUUCUUCGACUCUAUUCCGCUACAGGUCGUAAAUAUACGCAGACUUUCGGUCGUCAUUGACCUUAGAGUCACGAAAGAUGAUCCUCUGAGACUCGCAACAGCGCUCGAGAAGCUCAGCAAGUCACGUCUGGACCUGCUUACGCUCUGCGAGCAAGUAUGUCCGAUAUACACGCGGGCGGACUUCACGACAACUGCCAUCGACGCAAUGCUGGCUUGUGCUCGUCACGCCAAGCAGGUCAAGUACACUCGUAACUACACUUCGAGGGAGUGCACUUCGCUUGAGCGCUUCGUGCUCAGCAGACUUCGGCCGGAAGGGAAGGUCAAGCUGCUUUGCUACGGCCAUCAUUCGGGAUCUUCGACGCGAUGCACAAAUCCGCCAUGUAGUUGGAGUAGUGCUCAGCGGGUCAUCGACAGUGGUCCAGUCUCAAACAUCGCACGCAGAGCGCGCAUAUUUCUGCUCAAGGAGGCAUUCCUUUACAGAAUUAUCGAGAUCUCGGCACCUUUCCUCCUUGCCGCAGAUUCUCCACGACCAGACCACAUGUCACUCGAGGGCAAAACACUUGCACUAUUAUUUUCUUCAGAGCGACUUGAAAUUGACUUCAAGAUGGAAGUUGCGCGUUGUAGCAUCAAGACUCAGAGAUGCACCAGGAUCUUGACAUCGUUUUCUCGGUCCUUCAGCAAAGCGCCAAAUUCUUCAUCGACACCUUUCGAUAGCGGUAUUCUCGCGUAUGCUACCUUCAAAAGCGUCAGCGGCAUCAAAGUCCAGUACAUACCAUCAGCAAUAGCCUUAAUAACUUCAUCAAACUCCUCCCUUGAAUCCACAUUACUUCCAGCAUACGCCAAAUGCCUCCGAUUGGUGAUAUUCGGAUUGGAUCACAACUUCGAUCGAGGUGUCCAUACUAGCAUGCACCCUAGCACACUCGAACACAGCAUGCGGACCAACACCUUCCAACCACAUCAUUUUGAACAUAUCGAACCCCAAGAGCCGACACCUCCGAAACACAAAUCUGCCCAACACCUUUUGCUCUUUCCCUUCGUCCAAAUUUCCUUUCUUGACAGCAUGCCAACCAAUAGCAGGAGACAUCAACCAAAAUCCACAGAUUCAGGUAAGAUAUGUUUGUUACAUCUCUGGCAUAUCAAACACAAAUAUCUUCAGGGAAACGAAAAUCUCCUCCAUAACCACUAUUACCCGGUUCGGACACAUUCCCUCGUUGACACCAAUAGCAAGCAAGUUCCAUCGUCCAAUUUCAGUCUCAUGGCGGAGCGGGCCAGGCACGCUGCCCAGAGCAUAAUAAUCAAGAUGGCAGAGAAGACUGAGGAUCUACAGUAUGAGGAGCAGGCGGUGUUGCAGAUGUACGAUAACGGUCCAGGGGUUGGCUGA